AUGAUCUCCGCCCCCGUCGCGCUUUGGCGCCGCACAAGCUGUAGCCUGCUGCUCCGCCGCCGGCCCGGGCAGAAGCGGACCCCCUGGACGCGCAGGACGAUCUUUCUGAGGACGACCUCAAGCAUGGCCACAGGGGGGAAAGGCAGCCAGACCAGCAACAAUCUCUAUACUAACCGGCUCAUCCAUGAGAAAUCUCCUUACCUCCUUCAACAUGCUCAUAACCCUGUUGACUGGUAUCCAUGGGGCCAGGAAGCCUUUGAUAAGGCAAAGCGAGAGGACAAGUUAAUAUUUCUGUCAGUUGGCUAUUCAACUUGCCACUGGUGUCAUGUUAUGGAACAAGAAUCCUUUCAGAAUGAAGAAAUUGGUCAUAUUUUGAAUGAGAAUUUUGUGUGCAUCAAGGUGGAUCGUGAAGAACGUCCAGAUGUUGAUAAAGUUUACAUGACCUUUGUGCAGGCAACCAGCAGCGGAGGUGGUUGGCCAAUGAGUGUAUGGUUGACUCCUGAUCUCAAACCAUUUGUAGGUGGAACUUAUUUCCCACCUGAAGAUGGAAUUUAUCAGGUUGGCUUUCGGACUGUUCUGCUUCGCAUCCUAGAGCAGUGGAAACGGAACAAAAGUACCCUUUUGGAAAACAGCCAGAAAAUCUUAUCUGCACUGUUAGCUAGGACUGAUGUUGGCGUUCGAGGGGAUGAAGCACCCCCUUCCUUAAAAGAAGUGACAACCCGAUGUUUCCAACAACUAUCAGAGACUUAUGAUGAAGAAUAUGGUGGAUUCUCAGAAUCUCCCAAAUUCCCUACCCCAGUUAAUUUGAAUUUUCUCUUCUCCUAUUGGGCUCUUCAACGGUCAAACACUGAAGGAGCACGAGCACUUCAGAUGGCCCUGCAUACACUCAAGAUGAUGGCAUAUGGUGGUAUUCAUGAUCAUAUUGCACAGGGGUUUCAUCGCUACUCAACUGACCAACGUUGGCAGGUCCCUCAUUUUGAAAAGAUGCUGUAUGAUCAGGGUCAGCUGGCGGUAGUUUACGCCAGGGCAUUUCAGAUUUCUGGUGAUGAAUUCUUUGCAGACACGGCAGCAGAUAUUUUGCUUUAUGUUUCUCGGGAUCUGAGUGACACUUCAGGAGGGUUCUACAGUGCAGAGGAUGCCGAUUCAUAUGCUACAGUCCAAUCAGAGAAAAAGCAAGAGGGUGCAUUUUGCGUAUGGACAGCUGAAGAGAUUCGACAGCUCCUGCCAGACCCAGUUGAAGGGAUCCAAGAGGAAAAAAUUGUGGCAGAUGUUUUCAUGCAUCACUAUGGAAUGAAGGAAGAUGGCAAUGUGAAUCCAAUGAAGGACCCUCACAAUGAAUUAAAAAGAAAAAAUGUUCUGAUAAUGCAAUAUUCCCUGGAACUUACAGCUGCCCGAUUUGGACUGGGGCUGGAAGAGUUGAAGACGUUGCUAGUUAAAAGUAGGCAGAAACUAUAUAAGGCACGAACUCAGAGGCCACGGCCCCAUCUGGACAGCAAGAUGCUGGCAUCCUGGAAUGGACUGAUGAUCUCUGGCUUUGCUCAGUGUGGAACCAUCUUAGGCAAGAAAGAAUACAUUGACCGAGCUGUAUGUGCAGCUUCCUUCCUGCAAAACCACAUGUUUAAUGCCAGCAGUGGAAAGCUCCUAAGAACUUGUUACCAAGGACAAGGCAACACAGUGACCCACAGUUCUGUGCCUAUCCAUGGAUACUUAGAGGACUAUGUCUUUGUAAUCCAAGCACUCUUUGAUCUAUAUGAAGCCACACUGAACCCUAGCUGGUUGGAAUGGGCUGUGCAGCUUCAGCAAAAACAAGAUGAACUCUUUUGGGAUCCGAAAGGUUUUGCCUAUUUCUCCACAGAAGCUGCUGAUCCUUCCUUGCUCUUUCGCAUAAAGGAUGAUCAAGAUGGUGCAGAACCCAGCCCCAACUCUGUUGCAGUUUCUAAUCUGCUCCGGGCAGCGAGCUAUACUGACUGUGAAGAAUGGGUGAAGAAAGCUGGGCAGAUCCUAACUGUCUUCUCAGAGAGACUUGUGAAGAUUCCUGUUGUCCUCCCUGAGAUGGCUCGAGCCACUGCUGCAUUUUAUCUGACACUCAAACAGGUUGUCAUUUGUGGUGAUCUAAAAGGAGAAGAUACCCAAGAGCUACUGCACUGUUACUAUUCUACUUACACACCUAAUAGGGUGCUGAUUCUUGCUGAUGGGGAUACAACAGGAUUCCUCUACCAUCAGCUUGGUUUCCUCUCCUCUCUGGAAAAGAAAGAUGGAAAAGCUACUGCUUACGUCUGUGAAAAUUUUACCUGCUCACUACCUGUCACCUCCAGUCAGGAACUACGUCGCAGGUUGCUGUCCUAA